AUGAAAAGGCUAGUUCGGACGCUAUACGGAUUAGCUACAUCAUUCAUGCUCUUAGUAUGGACGCUCAAGUAUAUAAAUGAAUCUGUUGCAAAUAAUUUGCAAUUGGCAUAUUUCUUAUUUCUAAACGUUCUGGUAGUUUUCUCCUCGCUUUUAUACGUCCCCAUCGUAAUUAGUAUUCGAAAGUUUACAAAUCUCGCUUCUGCUCAAGUGAAUCAACCUCAACGAUAUGUUGCCUGGCAGCUGGUUGCUGUUGUCGCAGAGAAAAUUAUCGUCUAUUCGGUAAUUUUCACAAAAUACAUGUUCACCAACAAUAAUAUCGAUAACGCAUUGUUUUAUUGUAAAUAUUCCGAUGAAGUUUCGCUACCUCUCGUUUUACAACUCACGUAUCUUGGAUGUAACCGGAGGAAUCUGCAAGCGUUGUUCACUUCUUUGAAAUCCAACAACUUUCCAAAGACUAUAAGAUCUAUAUGCUUCUUCUCUCGACAAGUCGAACCGGUAACCGAUGGAAUGGUGCUGAGCCAAAUCAUCUCAACGGUGGCCAACUAG